AUGACAGAGAGGAACACGGCAGCUUCACAGAGGAUACAUAAGGCAGCUUCACAGAGGAUACAUACGGCAGCUUCACAGAGGAUACAUAGGGCAGCUUCACAGAGGAUACAGAAGGCAGCUUCACAGAGGAUACAGAGGGCAGCUUCACAGAGGAUAGAGAGGGCAGCUUCACAGAGGAUACAGAGGGCAGCUUCACAGAGGAUAGAGAGGACAGCUUCACAGGAUAGAGAGGGCAGCUUCACAGAGGAUAGAGAGGGCAGCUUCACAGAGGAUACAUACGACAGCUUCACAGAGGAUAGAGAGGGCAGCUUCACAGAGGAUACAUACGACAGCUUCACAGAGGAUAGAGAGGGCAGCUUCACAGAGGAUACAUACGACAGCUUCACAGAGGAUAGAGAGGGCAGCUUCACAGAGGAUACAGAGGGCAGCUUCACAGAGGAUAGAGAAGCUUCACAGAGGAUACAGAGUGCAGCUUCACAGAGGAUAGAGAGGGCAGCUUCACAGAGGAUACAGAGUGCAACUUCAAAGAGGAUACAGAGGACAACUUCACAAGAGGAUACAGAGGACAGCUUCACAGAGGAUAGAGAAGGCAGCUUCACAGAGGAUAGAGAGGACAACUUCACAGAGGAUACAGAGGACAACUUCACAGAGGAUACAGAGUGCAGCUUCACAGAGGAUACAGAGAGCAACUUCACAGAGGAUACAGAGGGCAACUUCACAGAGGAUACAGAGGGCAGCUUCACAGAGGAUACAGAGGGCAGCUUCACAGAGGAUAGAGAGGGCAGCUUCACAGAGGAUACAGACGGCAGCUUCACAGAGGAUAGAGAGGACAGCUUCACAGAGGAUACAUACGGCAGCUUCACAGAGGAUAGAGAGGAGGAUACAGACUGCGGCUUCACAGAGGAUUCAGACUGCAGCUUCACAGAGGAUGCAGAGAGCAACUUCACAGAGGAUACAGAGGGCAGCUUCACAGAGGAUACAGAGGGCAGCUUCACAGGGGAUACAGAAGGCAGCUUCACAGAGGAUACAGAGGGCAGCUUAACAGGGGAUACAAGGGGCAGCUUCACCCAGGAUACUGACUUCGGCUUCACAGAGGAUAGAGACUGUGGCUUCAGAGAGGAUACAGACUGCAGCUUCACAAAGGAUACAGACUGCGGCUUCACAGAUGAUACAGAGGGCAGCUUCCAGAGGAUUGAGACUGCAGCUUCACAGAGAAUAUAG